AUGGUGGUUUUCAAUGGCUUGCUGAAAAUCAAGAUCUGCGAGGCGGUGAAUCUGAAACCCACGGCGUGGUCUCUGAGGCAUGCGGUGGGUCCCAGGCCACAGACCUUUUUGCUGGACCCUUACAUCGCCCUCAAUGUGGACGACUCCAGGAUCGGGCAGACCUCAACCAAGCAAAAGACCAACAGUCCUGCUUGGAAUGAUGAAUUUGUCACCGAUGUUUGUAAUGGCAGGAAGAUAGAGAUGGCUGUUUUCCAUGAUGCCCCCAUCGGGUACGACGAUUUUGUAGCUAACUGCACUAUACAGUUCGAGGACUUGCUGCAGAACGGGAGCCGCCACUUCGAGGACUGGAUUGACUUGGAGCCAGAAGGGAGAGUGUAUGUCAUCAUAGACCUUUCAGGAUCAUCAGGUGAAGCACCCAAAGACAAUGAAGAACGUGUGUUCCGGGAACGCAUGCGCCCCAGAAAGCGGCAGGGUGCCGUGCGGCGCAGAGUACAUCAGGUUAAUGGACACAAAUUUAUGGCCACGUACCUCAGACAGCCAACAUAUUGUUCGCACUGCAGAGAUUUUAUAUGGGGUGUAAUAGGAAAACAGGGAUACCAAUGUCAAGUUUGCACUUGUGUAGUCCACAAGAGAUGCCAUGAACUUAUAAUAACGAAGUGUGCUGGCUUAAAAAAACAGGAAACUCACGAUGAGCAAGUGGGAUCCCAGCGUUUCAGCGUCAACAUGCCUCACAAGUUCAGCAUUCACAAUUACAAAGUGCCCACCUUCUGUGACCACUGUGGUUCAUUGCUCUGGGGUCUAUUGAGACAAGGUUUACAAUGCAAAGGAACUCCAGAUGCACGGGAACAGGCUGAAGCAGUUCUUUUGUCUCCCUGUUUUCUAAUUCUUUCUCUGAAGAUUACCCUGGCUGUAAUGUUAGCUGAGCUAAAAGGAAAAGAUGAAGUAUACGCAGUGAAAGUCUUGAAGAAAGAUGUCAUACUUCAAGAUGAUGAUGUAGACUGUACAAUGACAGAAAAGAGAAUUCUGGCAUUAGCACGGAAACAUCCAUACCUAACACAACUUUACUGCUGCUUCCAGACAAAGGACCGCCUCUUUUUCGUCAUGGAGUAUGUAAAUGGAGGAGACCUAAUGUUUCAAAUCCAGCGCUCACGCAAAUUUGACGAGCCUCGAUCCCGCUUUUAUGCAGCAGAGGUCACAUCAGCACUCAUGUUUCUUCACCAACAUGGCGUCAUCUACAGGGACCUGAAACUGGACAAUAUUCUUCUGGAUGCAGAAGGCCACUGUAAACUGGCUGACUUUGGGAUGUGCAAAGAAGGGAUUCUGAAUGGAGUGACCACCACAACCUUUUGUGGCACACCUGACUAUAUAGCUCCAGAGAUCCUCCAGGAGUUGGAAUAUGGCCCAUCAGUAGACUGGUGGGCUCUGGGUGUUCUCAUGUACGAAAUGAUGGCUGGGCAGCCCCCCUUUGAAGCUGACAAUGAAGAUGAUCUCUUUGAAUCCAUCCUUCACGAUGAUGUCUUGUAUCCAGUCUGGCUCAGUAAAGAAGCUGUCAGCAUUUUAAAAGCAUUCAUGACAAAAAACCCAAAUAAGCGGCUUGGCUGUGUGGCAUCACAGAAUGGGGAAGACGCGAUUAAGCAGCAUCCAUUUUUCAAGGAAAUUGACUGGGUUCUUCUCGAACAAAGGAAAAUCAAACCACCCUUCAAACCUCGGAUUAAAACCAAAAGGGAUGUAAAUAACUUUGAUCAAGACUUUACACGAGAAGAACCAGUAUUAACGCUAGUGGAUGAGACAAUUAUAAAACAAAUCAAUCAAGAAGAAUUUAAAGGGUUCUCUUAUUUUGGAGAAGAGCUACUGCCAUAG